ACUGUCCAGUACUCGUUUCUAAUAGCCAGUUUCUAACUAGAAUAUCACAAUUCUUAUGACGAUGUUGUUGUUGUAACGAUAUCAAGGCGGGAAAAUGGCGGCAGAUGAAUACAAUAUCCAAUCUAUAUUUCAAUCAUUUAGGGAGUACUUGAGUACUGAACAACAGAAAAGAGAGGAGAUAAGAGAGGCAGUCAAGGAGCUAGAGGAGACAGCCAAAGAAAUGUCAGCCACCACACAGAAAAUUCACCAAACAACAAAAGAAACUGAUAUCAAAGACAUUUGCAGCAAAGUUAAAGAGAAUUUUUCAAAAUGUCAGACACAGAUACAAAGCCUGGAUAGUAAGAUACCAGUUGGACAAUACUUUAGGUACUGUGACCAAUGGCGAAUGACAAUCCAGCGGUUGGCAUUUCUGUCUUCCUAUCUGGUUUAUCUGGAACAUGACCGACUGCCUACAAGAGAGGAAGUAGCUGACAACCUUGGUGUGAGACUGGAGUGGAAGGAUGGUUUUUUCCUUCAUCUUGAUGACUAUCUUAUUGGAUUGCUGCUCCUAGCAAAUGAGUUGUCUCGACUUGCUGUCAACAGUGUAAUAUUAGGCAACUACAGGAGACCGUUUGCAAUAGCUGCUUUACUUUCAGAGCUUGAUGCUGCAUUUAGGCUGCUGAAUUUAAAGAAUGAUCCACUGCGAAAAAAGUUUGAUGGACUAAAGUACGAUCUUAAGAAGGUUGAGCAGGUUGUUUAUGAUUUAAGUAUCAGAGGACUAAACAACUUCGAAACAGAUCAAAAAGAUAAUAGUUCUAAUUAAAUAAAAAAAGAACUGUUACCAUGGGUCGCAAAUAAUGGAAUAUAUUUUCAGUUGUGCACAGUCAGAUGAUUGUUGGUAAAAUCAGAAAAAAGUGACUAGUAUACGAUCGUUUUUGAUACUGGAAAGUAAAGUUUAACAUAUUUUGUAGUUUUUAAGUAUUUUUCAAUAACAGACAAAAGAAACAUAUUUUGUAUUCAUAUUU